GGGAGAAAAGUUUGUUACUUAAGCAGAAUCAAAUCCUCUGCUAGGACCAUUUCUACCAGUAAAGCCUAAGGACAAACAUGGCAGCUAAAAUAAAAGACACAGAUUCAGCCAACGAAGAAUUUGAUAAACAUUUGAGGUAUUUUUUGCGUAUGAAACACAAGGAAGAUCCCCCAAAAUGUAAUAUAUAUGUGGUCGAAUUUUUCGGCGUUUUGAGCCUAACCGAUUUACGCGCGCCGGAACGAAAGCUGUGGUACAUUUAUUAUUGUAAGCAGUCUGAUAUAGACCAGACUGUGGAUCAGAUUCACCAGAAAUAUGGCAAAAAGAAUAUGUAUGACCUAUUCCGGAAGCCGGUAUUCAGUGGAGCUGGCUUGCGCGCCAGUGUCAAGAAGCACUUUUCGGAAUUAAAGUGGUUUACCAAAGGAAAUUUACUUGAGGCGCCACCAAAGAGUCAUUUUAACGACGAGCGCGUCUGUAAAACCAUAACGGAUCUAUACAACAUUGAGCAGGAAAGACUUUAUAACUAUGUAAUGGUGAAAAAUCAGUGGUACUGGAGGUGCAGCCAUUAGGUUCGGUCUUGUGUAGUAAAACUCUGUGAUUUUAGAUAUGUAAGUGAUUGCAUUAUUAAUAAUUUAUGUUAUGGUCAUAAAAAUAUAUUUCUGGAAUCAGAUAGAUUCAUGGCAUAUAUCUAUCUAAUAAAUACCAUGUACAGCUGCU